GAACUUUCGGUCUGUCGCUGCAGGCAGUUCGCGAUCGCAAUUCAUACAGAUAACAACGCGAAAAUUAACUGAAAGUUUUGUAUAGUGAGAAUACGGAAUUCUCAACUCGUUUCCAAGCCGCAAUUCCCAUAACAACUGCAAAUAAUUAAUCUAACGCAAAUUUUCGGAGGGCAGGAAGAGUAAAUAGAAGCCAGCGAUCACCUACAGGAUGCGGCUGAAAGUCGCUUUCCUUUGGUUGGUCUCAUCCAUAUCGUGGAUUGGCGAGGCUCUGAGAUGCGACAGAACUCCGGAGGGAACAUUCUCACCGAGGACCAGGGCUGAUGGAAGAUUCGUUAUUGAGGUUUCAGGGAAUCCGGAUACUUAUGUUCCAGGAGAACAGUAUAACAUAUUCUUGAGGAGCAACGGAGAGUACCAGGCCAAAAACAAGUUCAAGGACUUUUUAUUGUUGGUGGAACAUGAACCUUCCGAGAAGAUCCUUGGUGAAGUACACAAUCCUUCGGUGGGCACACUCCAAUUGCUCGGUGAUAUGUUGAUGAAGUUCAGCGAGAAAUGCCGAAAUGCCGUCAUGCAGACAAACUCUCUUCCUAAAUCUGAAGUGCAGGUGUUGUGGGUUGCGCCUCCUUCUGGAAGCGGUUGCGUAGCAAUCCGUGCAACAGUCGUUGAAUCCAAGGAGUUCUGGUACACCGACGAUGGUCCGCUUUCGAAGAUCUUAUGCGAAGAAGUACAAGAGAACGAAGACACUCAGCCCAACAUGCUGAGACAGUGCUGCGCUUGCGACGAAGCCAAAUACGAGGUGACGUUCGAAGGGUUGUGGUCGCGCAACACUCAUCCCAAGGACUUCCCCUCAAACGGUUGGCUGACUCGAUUCAGCGACAUAAUUGGAGCCUCACACACCUUCGACUAUACAUUUUGGAAUUACGGCGAAAUCGCGAGUAAUGGUCUGCGGCAAUUAGCUGAAAAUGGCAACACCAGGAUGCUGGAAAGCGAGCUCAAAGCGAAGAGUGAACAUAUUAGGACUAUAAUAAAAGCAAGAGGCAUAAGCUAUCCGAAUAUAACUGGAAAAACCUUCGCCGUUUUCCGCGUGGACAAGAGACACCAUUUGAUGUCGCUUGUAUCGAUGAUAGAUCCUUCGCCCGAUUGGAUUGUCGGUGUUUCCGGAUUGGAGCUUUGUCUUAGGAAUUGCUCCUGGGUGGAAUCUCGAGUGCUAAACUUGUACCCGUGGGACGCUGGAACAGACGAUGGUCCAACUUACAUAUCUGCGAAUCAACCGUCAAUGCCACCGCAUCCCAUAAGAAGGAUCAAAUCGAACAGCCCCAACGACCCGCGUUCCCCGUUCUAUGAUCCCACCGGAACGGAGAUGAAGCCUCUGGCCAGGCUCUACCUUUCCAGGCAAAGAUUGUACGAGAAGAACUGCGUGGCGCAGGUGGAUGUGAGCGAAGAGGAUGGCGGUGUCGAAGGCGACAAGUGCGAAAUGGAGGAGUGGUCCGAGUGGUCCAAAUGCACGGUCACCUGCGGCAGAGGCUUCAAGUACAAGCAGAGGGCGUACAAGAAUCCCGCGAGCAAUUUUGUCUGCAAUAAACCGCUGACGAAGAGGGCCUCGUGCGUGGCCAUCCUGGAGCACUGCAGCAAUCAGCAAAGGCCACAGGAGGCCGAUCCCAGCUGCAGCCUCACCGGAUGGGGCAACUGGUCUAGCUGUACCGCACCGUGCGGUCCCGGCUGGAAGACGCGCAGCAGGCGCUACAAGAACAGGAAGGCAGCAAAACGAUGCGCGGCAGGAAACGAGAACCCCGAACCUCUGGAGCAGAACCUGGAGUGCAUGGAGCGCGAAUGCGGACCAUCUGAUAGAAGACCGCUUCAGGAAAGCAAAGAGUGUGAGGGCAGGGCAUGGAGUAAUUGGUCUCCAUGUUCCUCGACAUGCGGCAAAGGUAUAAAGGUGCGUCGAAGGAUGGCCUACAGAUCUCUUUGGGGCCGAAGCCCCGCCAGAUACAACAGAGGCCUGUUCGACACCGAGGACACCUCCAGGGAUGACGACGACGACGGCUCCGAUGAGGAUCCUUGCAUGAACCUAGAUGAAAAGGUCGAAUGCAUCAACGACGAUGUCCCUGUCUGCGAGGAUACCGUAGACAACUCAGCUGUCGUUUGCGGAUUUCCGCGCGACGAAGGUGGAUGCAUGAGCAACGUCGAUCGGUGGUAUUUCGACGUGAUUAAGGGCAACUGCGACAUCUUUAGCUACAGCGGUUGCCAGGGCAACAAGAACAAUUUCAAGACGCUGGAGCGGUGCGAGAACGUCUGCGACAGUUAUAAGAAGGAAUUGCUCGCAAAUCGGACAGCCUACAAACGUCAGCUCGGCGUCACCGUUUCCGGUGUGCUCUCUUACAAUCUGCACCACAUGCAAAACGACGAUGCCGACAACUGUGUACCGGGAAGCCAGACGCGCCAGGAUCAGGACAAGAAAAUCAUUCAGGAGCCGAUCGGCGAAGUCGUCGACUGUCAGAUGUCCGAAUGGACCAACUGGAGCGGAUGUAACGCCACCUGCGGCCGAGGAUUUUCCACCAAGCACAGAUUCAUUCGAGUCCAUCCUUCUAACGGCGGAAAACGAUGUCCACAGAAGAUCCUCAAGAAGCGCAAAUGCAAAAUACCAUGCCCCGGCGACUACACAAAGAGAGAUCCAAUGCUGCCCACCUGGGGUACGGCCAAUUCUCUCGAGCACGUGCAGAUUGAUUGCGUUAUGACCGGAUGGUCCGCCUGGUCGCCUUGCAGCAGAUCCUGCGGCCCCAACGCCGUUCAACAGAGAACCAGAGGAAUCCUCCUUCCGCCGAGCGGAAGAGGCGAACCGUGUCUUCACAGGACGGAGGAACGUCCAUGCAGUCUACUUGCAUGUCCCGAAUAAAAAGAAAAUGCACCACCUGGAUACAUCCGGUGUUUAUAAUACUUUUCAAGUGAUAGAAUUAUUUUCGAACGUCACACAUAUCUCAAUAUUUAUUCUUAUUUUCUUUUACUUUACAACCUCUCUCCAUAAUCGGAGAUACUUAAUUUAAGAAUGUACUGUAUUUUAUUAUAAUUUAACUCGAACAUAAUAUACGAGAAUACUAGAUUAAUUCAUAUUCGACGACAGUAGACGCUCUUAGCGAGCUGAAAUAUACGACAAAUCUAGUCUUUGUUCAAUAUUCUAUUAAAUUUAUUAACAAACGGUAAAUCGAGUUUGAAAAGAAUAAUUAGAAUAACCGUAUAAAUAUAAUACUCUUAAUUAGAAUUGAAAGAUCCAAAGUCAGUACUUAUUAUUAAAUUAUUUAAAUACAAUGUUACCUCACCGCAUAACGAGUGACGAGGAGAAGGGAAGUCCCGAAUUGUGCGCCCACUACAUCAAUUUCUUGUUUCCUGUUCAGACAUAUUAUUUGUGAUUUUUUUUGCAAAGUUUACUUUUGCAAAAUUUUCCCCGUAGAAAAAGCCACUAGAAGACUGCCAUAAGAGAAUUAAAAAGGUAUGUAAUCAGAGAAGAGAAUUAAUUAGGUAUGUACCAUAAAUAAUAAACUAAUUACAGUGGAACCUGUAUAAUCCAUUCCAAAAUUUCCGGACUUUUACUCGUAUAGUG